AUGUCUGCCCAACGCCACUCAAUUGCCAGACCUUUGUCCUUUGCUGGGCGCACGAUUGGACAUGAGGACAUUUGCCGAGUUCCGGACGAUGUUGCGCGGAUUACUGUACCCUCCCGGCAGAAGAUGACGUUCCUUCAAGAUAUCAACGGGUAUAAUACUGCAUCAACUCUUGACUGGUUUGCACUGCCAUAUCUCUGGGGUAAUAUGUUGCUUGGCCUACGCAAAAGACUCACGAAUCCUCUCUCCCUCUGGUCGGAACCUACUUCCAUCCGGACAUCACGUUGGAAGCCCGAGGCUUUCGAGAACCAGAGACUGUCGGCCAAGAUUGUCAUGCCUAAGCACAUCCAAGCCAGCCACCAGCAGUAG